AUUUCCAUUUUGCUAAGGAGGAGCGAUUUCCCAUUUGGUGUAGCUGAUGAUACCAUGCAAAAAUCAGACCCACGGAAAGUACUAAACUGGAAUGAUGUUAGAAAACACAAAUAUGGUGACCUGUCAGAGUCUGCAUCCCAAUAUCAAGAAGCUACUGACAUCCUGGAGCUAGGUCAUUUUACUUGGGACAAAUACCUAAAAGAAACAUGUUCUGUCCCAGCACCUGUGCAUUGCUUCAAGCAGUCCUACACACCUCCAAGCAACGAGUUCAAGAUCAGCAUGAAACUAGAAGCCCAAGACCCCAGGAACACCACCUCCACCUGUAUUGCCACAGUAGUUGGACUGACGGGUGCACGCCUCCGUCUUCGCCUGGAUGGCAGUGACAAUAAGAAUGAUUUCUGGAGGCUGGUCGACUCAGCCGAAAUCCAGCCCAUUGGGAACUGUGAGAAGAAUGGGGGUAUGCUGCAGCCUCCUCUGGGAUUUCGGCUGAAUGCCUCUUCUUGGCCCAUGUUCCUUUUGAAGACGCUAAAUGGAGCAGAGAUGGCUCCCAUCAGAAUUUUUCACAAGGAACCGCCAUCGCCUUCCCACAACUUCUUCAAAAUGGGAAUGAAGCUAGAAGCUGUGGACAGGAAGAACCCUCAUUUCAUUUGCCCAGCCACUAUUGGGGAGGUGCGGGGCUCAGAGGUGCUUGUCACUUUUGAUGGGUGGCGAGGGGCCUUUGACUACUGGUGCCGCUUCGACUCCCGGGACAUCUUCCCUGUGGGCUGGUGUUCCUUGACUGGAGACAACCUACAGCCGCCUGGCACUAAAGUUGUGAUUCCAAAGAAUCCCUAUCCUGCAUCUGAUGUGAGCGCUGAGAAGCCCAGCAUCCACAGCAGCACCAAAACUGUCUUGGAGCAUCAACCAGGGCAAAAGGGGCGUAAACCGGGAAAGAAGCGGGGCCGGACACCCAAGCCCCUAAUCCCCCAUCCCAUCUCUACCCCUUCCAAGUCAGCUGAAACUUUGAAAUUCCCAAAGAAGAGGGGUCCCAAACCUGGCAGUAAGCGGAAACCUCGGACUUUGCUGAACCCAGCACCCACCUCACCAACAACCAGCACCCCUGAACCGGACACCAGCACUGUGCCCCAAGAUGCUGCCACCAUCCCCAGCUCAGCCAUGCAGGCCCCCACAGUUUGUAUUUACUUGAACAAGAACGGCAGCACGGGCCCCCACUUAGACAAGAAGAAGGUCCAGCAGCUCCCUGACCACUUUGGGCCGGCCCGCGCCUCUGUGGUGUUGCAACAGGCUGUCCAGGCUUGCAUCGACUGUGCUUAUCACCAGAAAACCGUCUUCAGCUUCCUCAAACAGGGCCAUGGGGGUGAGGUGAUCUCAGCCGUGUUUGACCGGGAGCAGCACACCCUCAACCUCCCGGCGGUCAACAGCAUCACCUACGUCCUCCGCUUUCUGGAGAAACUCUGCCGCAACCUCCGAAGUGAGAAUCUGUUUGGCAACCAGCCCUUUAGCCAGACCCACUUGUCACUGUCCGCCGCCGAGUACAGCCAUAGUCACGACAGGUACCUACCAGGUGAAACCUUUGUCCUGGGAAACAGUCUGGCCCGGUCCCUGGAGCCACACUCGGACUCAAUGGACUCUACAUUGCACCCCACCAACCUCGUCAGCUCCUCCCAGAAUCUUCGAACCACUGGAUACAGGCCUUUGCUUCCGGCCUGUGGCCACCCACUGAGCUCUGCCUCAGCCGUGCGCCGGUUGUCCAGGGGGUCAGAGCGAUAUCUGGAAAGCCGGGACACCUCUCGACUGAAUAGCCGGGACCCUUCCUCGUGGACUGUCGAGGACGUGAUGCAGUUUGUCCGGGACGCGGACCCUCAGCUCGGCCCCCAUGCUGACCUCUUCCGCAAACAUGAGAUCGACGGCAAGGCCCUGCUCCUGCUGCGCAGUGACGUCAUGAUGAAGUACAUGGGGCUGAAGCUGGGGCCGGCGCUCAAGCUCUCCUACCACAUCGACCGACUGAAGCAGGGCAAGUUCUGAGCGGGCGGCCCGGCCUGCCCCGUGCGGGCCCCGCAGGAUGGGGGGCGUCCUCCCCCCUCCGCCCAGGGAGCCAGCCAGGAGGGUGUCCUUCCAUGAAGGACGGAGGGGCAGCAGGCCCGGGGCUGGCGCUGCCUGUCCCCCCACCCCAGCCCCACCGUGGCGCUGGCUCCCCUGUAUUUAUUCCUCCAGCCUGGCUGGCCGCUCUCCACGAGUCCGAACAGCUGCCCAGUAACAGCGGACAGGCAGGGCUGACCCAAAACGAAGCCAGCCCUGCAUUGGCCCGGGAGCCCAGUCCCUGCUGCCGGGGCUGGAAUGACCCCCACUCCAGCGCUCCCCACACUUCUGACUCAUGGUGCGAACCUCUCCCUUUUUUAAAAAGAAAAAAAAAGAGGAAAAAAAGAAGAUCUUUUCUUAUUGCUAAUUUAUUGUUUCUGGCACUGGGGCAAGCCCCUCCGGGCUGCUGCUCCUCACCUCCCGGACACUGGCUCUCAGGAGCGGCUGCCCCGCAGAGACACGGUCCUUUUCACGGCCACUCCCGCAGCACCUUCUCUCUGGGGCGGCCCUGACCCCCCAUGAAGCCUGGAUACCACCCCACCCCCUCGCCCCCAUCAGAGUUGGGAGGCCUGGAUGUGGGCGCCCUUUCCCUUCCUUCCUCAAGGGGGCGCUCCCGCUGCCCCAGCCCCUCCCUGCCCAGCGGUGUGGAGGGGAGGGUCUCCCAGCGGAGUCUGGUGGGCCACAUCCACUCUCCACACGCUUCCUAUGUAAGCACGUCGACCUCGGAGCCACCCCUGCUGCUGUCGGGACUUAUUUUAUGUCGAUCUGUUUCUAAAUAAAAGACAACACGGAU